GGGGCGCUGCCACCUAUCGAUAAGCUAGUAUUUUAUCGCCAAAGUAUACACAUAAAAAAUUAAAUUGCAGCACACACAUAUUUUUUAAAAGGUCUGCAAGUGCCGAAAAAAAAGAGAGAAGGAAUAGUAAAGCGUACCAUACGGGAAAGCACCAUAGGAAGGGGCAGCGAAAAGGUAGACGCCCGUCAGGAACAACAAAAAAAAAAACUCUAAUGAACACGCUGAAUACCAGCACGAACGGCGGGGGAGGAGGAGGUAGUGGAGCAGGAGCACCUGGGAGCAGUUUGUCUGCUUCGGGCAAUGUGAUAGCCAUUGGAAAUUCCAGCAGCGGAGGUGCAACGGGCGACGAAGCAGGCGGAGAUGCCAGCUCCCGACGACAGGCGACACGCGUCUUCAAGAAGAGCUCAUCCAACGGGAAGAUCACUGUAUAUCUUGGUAAACGGGACUUCGUCGAUCAUGUUACCCAUGUGGAUCCCAUUGACGGAGUUGUCUUUAUUGAUCCCGAGUACGUAAAGGAUCGCAAGGUGUUUGGUCAGGUUUUGGCAGCAUUUCGCUACGGACGUGAGGACCUGGACGUGUUGGGAUUGACAUUCCGGAAAGACCUAUAUCUGGCGCAUGAGCAGAUAUACCCGCCUAUGCAGUUAGAGCGUCCGAUGACCCGUCUGCAGGAGCGGCUUAUUAAAAAGCUAGGUCCAAACGCUCAUCCCUUCUACUUCGAGGUACCUCCUUACUGCCCCGCCUCGGUGUCCUUGCAGCCGGCCCCCGGUGAUGUGGGCAAGUCAUGCGGAGUGGAUUACGAACUUAAGGCUUUCGUGGGUGAACAUGUGGAGGACAAGCCGCACAAGCGCAAUUCUGUGCGACUCACCAUUCGCAAGGUUAUGUACGCCCCCUCUAAGGCUGGUGAACAACCUUCGAUCGAGGUCAGCAAGGAGUUUAUGAUGAAGCCGAACAAGAUCCAUUUGGAAGCAAGUUUGGACAAGGAGCUGUACCACCACGGCGAAAAGAUUUCGGUCAACGUUCAUGUGGCCAAUAACUCAAAUCGCACUGUAAAAAAGAUAAAAGUGUGUGUGAGACAGUUUGCGGAUAUCUGCCUGUUUUCUACGGCUCAGUACAAGUCUGUGGUGGCAGAAAUUGAGUCUGAAGAUGGCUGUCAAGUGGCUCCAGGAUUCACUCUUUCUAAGGUGUUUGAGUUGUGCCCUCUUCUCGCAAAUAAUAAGGACAAGUGGGGCCUGGCUUUGGACGGUCAGCUGAAGCAUGAGGAUACAAAUCUGGCUUCCAGCACGCUUAUUACGAACCCUGCCCAACGCGAGAGUCUCGGAAUUAUGGUACACUAUAAGGUUAAGGUGAAGUUACUGAUUAGUUCGCCGCUACUGAAUGGCGACCUCGUGGCUGAGCUGCCUUUUACUCUAAUGCAUCCUAAGCCGGAGGAGGACGAUCACCCAUUGCUUGGAGAAAGGUCGCCCCGAGCGAGUCUCGUCGGCGGUCAACCAUUGGUGAGCUUGGUCGAUGGUAGCGACAAGGGAGGAUCAGCUGGUGGACAGGGGCAAACACAGGAUGUGCCUACUACAACCAAUCUUAUUCAGCUUGAUGAUGACGAAGCGCAGGAUGACGACAUUAUUUUCGAGGACUUUGCGCGUCUGCGUCUAAAAGGCGCCGAAACAGAGGCCUAAAGAUUUUCAAGAUACUGAAAUAAAAAAGAAAGGAAGUCGUAAAUUUGCAGAGCCGCUAUAUGUAAAGUUUUAUACCAAUAGCAAAUAGCCACAGUAAAUAGUUUUAUGUAAGCUAUUUGAUAUAUGUAGGCCAUACGUUCUAGUAUCAAUAGGAUUUAAGAUGAAAGUGUACGAAUUUGAAAAUGUGAAAUUGUUUAACAAAUACACUAAAUCUACACGAAAUGUAAACAUAAGCAAACUGGACAAGCUUAUCGUCAUGCUUAUUGUCAGGCCUGCAACAGUUAAAACGAUGCACAAAAAAUAAAAAUUAUGUAACAUAAAACUUAAAAUGUAAACUUUCGAUUUGCGGUAGGUUUGAAUUCAAAAUCAUAUACGAUUUAAAUCGAAAAUUUUUCGAUGAUUUUGGUUAUUACUUCUGUUAUUGUGGCAUUAUUGUUGCUAUGAAAACUAAUAAGAGUUAAAACCGUUUUAAUUUUUUUAUGCUUCCAAGUGGAAGAGCAUGUAGGCAAUAUGUAACAACCAAAAUAGGUAAAAGUGAUUUUUUAAUUCCAAUUCAAUAAUUGUCAAUAAAAUGUCUAACCAAUUAAUAAAAAUAAACAAUAUUUUAUUUUA